AUGAAUCAAUAAAUAUAAUGUAACGAUAAAAAUACACUGCCCCAGUGUCCACUGCCUCAUAUCUCGCGUUGUUUCCAAUUCAUUCGGUUAAACAUGUCCGAGCCUAAAGUGUGGUCUCGUUUUUCUGCAAAAUCUAAGGAUGGAAAAGUGUUAAAAUUUCGCAUAGAAGCCAUGACGGAUGACAGAAAAGAGGAUUUGAUGAAUUUGUUAAUGACUUAUUUUGUACCCGAAGAGUCGAUGCACAGAGGUCCAGGUAUACCCAAAAGUCCCGAAGCAAUGGCAGAAAUACUAGAAGUUUAUAAGGAUCUUUGGAGUGUAAAAUCAAAUCAAAAUUUAACUAUUUGUGUGUCCGACGAUGAAACUGAAUCUAGAAGUGAAUUACUUGGCGCAUCGUUGAUAGCUUUGGAAACGAGAGAAGAAGAAAAAACACAUUACAACCCGAUCACCGAAGUCAUCAAAAAAUCUAUCAAAGUAUACACAUGUCUGGCAACGAAAUACAAUGUUUUUGAAAAACACGAUUUGGAUGAAUUUUAUAAUGGGAGAGGAGUUGUGGUUCAUCCAAAAUGUAGAGGUCUUGGUAUCGCUCAAGAGUUCCUUAGAGUGAGACGACUAGUGUGCAAAGAACAUAGUAUCCCAAUGACUGGAGCAUGGAUGACAUCAUUUGGAACACAGAAGGCAGCCAUCCGAGAUAACUGGGAAACCGUAUUCGAGAUAAAUACCGAAGAUUUCGGGAAGGAAGUAGGAGUUAAAUUUGAAAAUGUACCACCGACUUUUCUGUAUAUGAUCGGUAGAUGCGAAUGAAUAGUUUUAGUUUCUUCAUAAAUUGUAAAGUAAAAGAAACAACUUAAGUAAAUAAUGUCUUAAAAGUAACUACAACACAAAUGACGAAUAGUUAAUGCUAUAAACGCCUCAUUGAGACUAUCGUCGAAUAAUUCGUUCAGUUCACGAAUAUAUGACUAUGAAUUAUGAGUAAUGAAUAUACCCAACUAAGCUGUUUAGACAUUCGUGCUCGUGUAUAUUCGACUGUACUCGACAAGUAUCUUUAUCAGAUGUAAAAGAAAAAAAAUCCAGAAACCAAACCUCAUAAUUAUUUAUAAAAAAAGAUUAUAAUCGUUACUGUCAAAGAUGAAAUUAGCCCUUAAUGGUAAAAGAUUUUUGUAAUUAUUAUCAUGCUAUCAAAAAUAAAAUUUAAUUAAAUUAUAUUUUAUUUGCAUUAAAUAAAUCAUGGGCAGGA